AUGGCUUCCGGUGGACAGAAAUUCCCCCCACAAAAGCAAGAAACCCAGCCUGGAAAAGAACAUGCCAUGGAGCCUGUGCCUCAGUUCACAAGCCCCGAUUACAAGCCAUCUAACAAGCUUGAAGGGAAGAUAGCUCUGAUUACCGGCGGUGACUCCGGGAUAGGAAGAGCCGUGUGCAACUUGUUUGCCUUAGAAGGAGCCACUGUGGCCUUCACGUAUGUGAAGGGACAGGAGGACAAGGACGCAAAGGACACGCUUGAAAUGAUCAACAAAGCUAAGACUUCGGACGCCAAGGAGCCUAUGGCCAUUCCGGCUGACUUGGGUUACGAUGAGAAUUGCAAGAAAGUUGUGGACGACGUUGUGAACAGGCAUGGCAGGAUCGACAUCUUGAUCAACAAUGCGGCGGAGCAGUACGAGGCCGGAUCAGUGGAAGAAAUCGAUGAGAAGAGGCUGGAGAGGGUGUUUAGAAUCAAUAUCUUCGCCUACUUCUUCAUGGCCAGGCAUGCGUUGAAGCACAUGAAGGAGGGAAGCUGUAUCAUCAACACCACAUCAGUGACAGCGUACAAAGGAAAUGCGAAGCUGCUGGAUUAUACAGCCACGAAGGGUGCGAUAGUAGCGUUCACAAGGGGACUGUCGCUUGAGUUGGUGAGCAGGAAAAUAAGAGUGAACGGAGUGGCGCCUGGGCCCAUAUGGACUCCAUUGAUACCGGCGUCAUUCAAGGAGGAUGAAACCAGACAGUUUGGGGAGGAGGUGCCCAUGAAGAGGGCUGGUCAGCCAAUUGAGGUGGCUCCCUCUUACGUGUUCCUCGCUUGCAACCAUUGCUCUUCUUACAUCACCGGCCAAGUCCUCCACCCCAAUGGUGGAACCAUUGUGAAUGCUUGA